AUGAACGUCCCUACUCGCCGCCUUGCCAGGGCCGCUGCGAGCGCUACUACGACACCCUUGCAAUGGCGCCUUGCAAGCUCUUCACGCCAAGCUGUGAAAACUCCUCCAGCUCGGGUCCCGUCACCCCGCGUGACAAAGUCAUAUAAGCCAACACAAAAGCCCGGCACUUCACCCAAUGCUUCCUCGCCUCCUCCACCACCACCACCUCCCAAAGCCGAUACCCUCCUCGACAUCUGGCGCCGUGCCUGGCUUCCCCUAACCGGCGCCUCCGUCCUCGCCGGCUUCCUAGGCUUCUACAUCUUCGGCACCACAGCCGCAUCCCUCAAAUCCUCCUCCUCUCCUUGCUCCUCCUCCUGCUGCGAACAUGCCACGCCCACAGGCCGACCCCCCGCCCUGAGCGGCGACAACGCCGAGCAAUUCGACAAGGAACUCAACCUCCCCGAAUGGUGGAUGGGCAUCACCAAGCUGCGCAAGCGUCUCGCCACGCACGCAAAGGGCAACGUCCUCGAGCUCGCCAUGGGCUCCGGCCGAAACCUCGAGUACUACAACUGGGAGCCCCUCAGCACCGCCGUCGAGGCCGCCCGGACGGGCCAGAUCCCCCCGCCAAAGAUCCCCCAAGGCAUAACAUCCUUUACGGGCCUCGAUAUAUCCGUCGACAUGCUCGACGUAUCGCGCAAAAGCCUCGCCAAGUCCGUCCCGCCCAUGUCUUCCUCCGCGCCGAUCGUCAAGGCCUCGUCCAUGGCCGACCAUACUGGCGGCCAGCUCUCCUUCUUGGAUGGACACGUUCGCCUCGUCAACUUAGAUGCGCACCACCCGCUGCCUCCGCCCGCUCAUACCGAUAAAUACGAUACGAUAAUCCAGACCUUUGGCCUCUGCUCCGUCUCCGAUCCCGUCGCUGUACUGUCUAACCUGGCUAACGUCGUUCGACCUGAUACCGGCCGCAUAGUCCUCCUGGAACAUGGGAAAGGAUACUAUGGCCUUGUCAAUGGUCUACUUGAUAAGAAUGCCGGGAAACACUUUGCAAAGUAUGGAUGUUGGUGGAACCGGGAUAUCGAGUCCAUUGUCGAGGAUGCCGUGAGCAAGACGCCUGGCUUAGAAGUGGUGAAGCUUGAGCGGCCAAACAUAACACAGAUGGGGACGCUGGUUUGGAUCGAGCUUAAGAUGGCAGCAAAAGACAAAACGGCAUAA